AUGUGGGGUGGACCUUCUGGAGCGACACCUGUCGUGGAUAGCUUCAUAAUAAGCAUUGCAGAGCUCAUCCGUGAUCGAGAUGGAGCGAAGCUACAGGAUUUUCUCCAAAUCGAACCUCCAUUGCCCCCUGUAUAUCACGAUAUGAUUGGGGAGAUGAAGAAUCAAUACCCGCAAAAUAGAAAUAAUCACGACCACCUUUUGGGAAAAUGUGAAUCUGUGAUUCCGGAUGGCUCUUGGUCCGCUUUUCCAAUAUUUUUACGACAGUAUUUCACAUUCUUACGGGACGUCAAUGUUGAGAAUCUGUUGGAUACCUACGACUUACUAAAGGCGCUCUUAAACCAAUGUGUCAUUGCCCUGAGCGAUAGCCAAAUGGGAGUCAUUGUCUUGCCUACGGUUUUAUAUCUUUCGAAAGUGCUCGCGAAGCUAGCAAUCGGCUUAGACCGUCGACCAGAACUGGUCUCGCAUUUGCUAAAAGAGGCAGCUGGAUCAGACGAAGCAACGGAGAAGGUCACGCUAGUUGAGAAAUCAGCGAAUGUCGUUCGUGAAGCUUUUAUCAAAUGCCUAACUGAUAGGAGUGGGGCAGCUAGUACACAAGGGAAGCCAGAAGGGAAACGCGUGGGAAUCUACUUGAUGGCAAACCUAUGUUUGAAGCUUUUAUUCAAGUGUGGCAAACUUAGAAAUGCUGAGCAAAUGUUUGCGAGUAUCAAUGCCCAAUCUCCUCCGCUUUCCCAUUUCCCGGCCGCGCAAAGGGUAACCUAUCUUUAUUACUUGGGGCGAUAUCUCUUUUCGAACAAUCUUUUCUUCCCCGCUCAAACCGCAUUGCAGGCCGCCUAUAACCAAUGCCAUAGGCAAGCACUCCAACAGCGGCACCUCAUUUUAACAUAUUUAAUACCAUGUAACAUUAUCCUCGGGCGUUUCCCAUCCAGCACUCUACUCGAACGGCCGGAAUCAAAGGGUUUUGACGACGUAUUUUUACCCAUAUGCCGGAUCAUCACCAGUGGUGACCUAGGUGCCUUUCGAUCGUACCUCGAUGUUGACUCACCUCAUGCAGACUUUUUCGCUCGCAAGGGGAUUUUGCUGCAAUUACGAAACAGGUGUGAGAUUCUAGUUUGGCGUUCCCUUGCCAGGAAAGUAUUUAUCUUCUCCGGGUUCCAUGGGGAUCAGAAAGCCCAGGCACAAAGAGGCCCCCCACCAUUCCUCUAUCUUAGCAAAGUAGAAGAAGCCGUUAUGUGGAUAGAAUCCCGUUGGUCCAAACAAACGCUGCAUUCGCUUUCCGCUAUAAGCCAACCUGGGCAAACGCUACAAACGUCGAAUCCAUCUCAAGAAAGGCGGCUCUUCUCCUUCGCUGCAGAUCGCGAUUUCGCUAAACUAGACGCCGCGAACAAUACUACGCCCAACGCAACUACUGAUUAUGAUGACUACUUCGAUCCCGACGGGUAUUUCGACCGUGAUGGGGAAUGGGUGCAUGUCUCUAGCCCAAAUGAUCUACCUAACCACCCCGCUGGUGAACAACAAGAUGCCGAGAAUCUCGUCGCUGAUGCGCUUGCAUAUAUACCUAGUGCAGGAACCAUACCAGAGGAUGAAAACGAUCUAGAAGCCCCUUCACCAUUGAUGCGCGACGUCGAAUCAGUUCUUGCCUCACUUCUUGUACAAGAUCUGAUGCGUGGCUAUCUAACCCAUAAGAACCCACGCUUCGCUAUCCCGGGAGCACGAUUGAAAGGGCCCCUCCCAACGGGGUUUCCUAAUGUAUGGCGAACCAUUUGUGCUAAAGAAAGCGAAGAUGGCCAGGUUCCCGGCUGGGUGAAACCAACCCCUAACCCAAGAUUCGGCCAAAGUGCUCGCGGAUUGGCCCCCAGUCCCGCGGGAGCGAUGGGCGCACGUGUUAUCAACCUGAGCGGAGCAAGACCUGUCGGCGCUCUAGGAAGUUAG